GUGUGGAGCUCUCCUUGUCUUUCCGAGACUCGUGGCUCUCCAGUGUGCUCGCAAUGCAAUGGGAUCCUACAGUACAGUUUGAAAGAGACUGACUUAUCUUCAGGAGCCAGAGGGAAUAGCAGGGGCAUCUCUACAGGUACCAAGGCAUCUAAACAACAGCAAGGUAAAGUGGUGUCUUGACCAGGUGCGGUGAAUUCUGUAGUUUGCUCUGCCCAAGAGGUCAAUCCGAACAAGGCGACGUGACGAAAGCAAACGAAGAGCACCUAGACCAUCAAUGUCCUGUUUGGAGGAACUGUGGAAGAAAUCCAAACAGAAGUAACCAGAGACAUUUCCAUUUCAGAACUCUGUGAGGCAAGAAAUCAGAAAGAAAGCAAAUAACAGUUCUGGAGUUGGUACAGGACACUCGAGCAAAGAUAAAAACAACAAUGGCAACAUAAUUGUGUACUGGCACCAGGGAGUGAAGGUUGCCUAUGUGUUCAAUCUUAAACUGAGAAGACAUGAUCCUAGACUGUUGAAACUUCUAGUGUCCACACUGACUGAAUUCACUGAGCAGUGAUUGCACUAUAGAAGCAAAGGCAGAACCAACUGAUCUCUUAUUCUAGUGACGCAUCAUCACUAGGAUGACUACUCUAAUGGUGGUGUACUCAUUUUCACUGAUACAAAGGGUGAGCAAAGAGCAGGUCUGCUAGUGCUGCUCUCACAAACUGUAAAGCACCUUCUUUUCUCAAAAGGAGUGUAUUCUUCAGAUGCAAGCCCUUCUGGUUCUCGACUACACAAUACAACCUCCUUACUGAAAUAACUGCAAAUUAUUGAUUCUUCGGAGAAGAAUAUUGAGACCAUAUUCAGACAUUCAUUUCACUUCUAAGGUGUCUUCUUUUCUAUUCCUAACAUGGGUGCUAUCAUGGGUGGAAUACAGUCAACCCAUAUUUAUUUUAAUUGCAUCCAUGGUUUAUUUGUUUUCCUGGACUAGCAUUAGAAGCUACUGAACCAACAGAACUGGCUUUGUUCCACCUGCCUGGAAAAUGCAAUACACCUGCAUAGAGGCUCCAUAUGGGUUAGAUCACACAAUAAUCCCUGAGUGGAUUUUGGUUUCCAUUCCUUCAUGUAGAUUAUAGAUUUUGGACCUAAACAGAUGUGUAAUAUUUGUCCAUCUCAAUAACUAUUGUACUUAUGAAUUCCAGGUGCAAAAUACUACUGGAGACAAGAUCCUCAAGGUCUGUGAAAAACCCCUCUUCAUUGUUUGUGUAUUCCACACAUGCUUCAGUCCUAACAUCACCUUUUCUAUGGAUAUUUUUAACAAGAAUUUCCACUAAUUAUUGGUGAUUACCAGUAAUUGUCAGUGAUCAAAUGUGAUUAACGAUAAUUAAUGGUAAUUAACAGAUAACUGACACUGAAGGAAAUAUACAUGAUACAAACAGAACACCACAAAACCUAAGAAGUUAAAUUAACCACUUUCUCUCCCAUUAAGUGCUGGACUCAAUGUAGGUUUGGGAAGAGGUUUAGCGAUGGCUCUACCUGGGAGCACUGAAACCCUGCUGCUGCUGCUACUGGCGCUCCAACUGCACUUCGGAAUAGUCGUCUCUAUGGUAACAAAGACCAGUUUGACUCAGGACAGGCCAGAGGAAGGCGAGAUGAUGUCGCACGAACGUGUGAAGCGAGGUUGGGUGUGGAACCAGUUCUUCGUCGUGGAGGAAUACACAGGGACAGAACCUCUCUACGUAGGAAAGAUUCACUCGGAUUCUGACGAGGGGGAUGGCUCAAUCAAGUACACAAUCUCAGGGGAAGGUGCUGGCACCAUUUUCAUCAUCGAUGAGAUUACCGGGGACAUUCAUGCCACUGAGCGAUUGGACCGCGAAGAGAAGACCUUCUACACGCUGCGUGCUCAGGCCAGGGACAGGCUCACUGAUCGCCCACUUGAACCCGAGUCUGAGUUCAUCAUCAAGGUCCAGGACAUCAAUGAUAGUGAGCCCAAAUUCCUGGAGGGGCCUUACAUUGGGAGUGUCCCGGAGCUGUCACCCAUCGGGACAUCAGUGAUGAAGGUAACUGCCUCUGAUGCAGAUGAUCCCACAUACGGGAGCAGCGCGCGGGUCAUAUACAGUGUACUGGAGGGGGAGAAGAUCUUCACUGUGGACAGCAAGACUGGGAUUAUUCGCACGGCCGUGGCUGAACUGGACAGAGAGACACAGGAUCGCUAUGAGCUGGUCAUCAAAGCAACUGACAUGGCGGGACAGAUGGGGGGGCUCUCGGGAUCCACCACCGUUACCAUAGUGAUCACCGACGUCAACGACAGCCCCCCACGCUUCCCACAGAAGAUGUACCAAUUCUCUGUGUCCGAGUCUGCAGCAGUGGGUACCCCAGUUGGCAGGGUGAAGGCUGAGGAUGCUGACAUGGGCGAGAACACGGAUAUGAGCUACCUGAUUAAAGACGAGGAGGGGGCCGAACUGUUCAGAGUCAGCACUGAUGGGGACUCCCAAGAGGCUAUCAUCACUGUCAGAAAGCCCCUGGACUAUGAGAACAAGCGAACCCACAAUGUGGUGGUGGAGGCAGUGAAUAAGCACGUGGACCCUCGCUUUGUAGACCUGGGGUCAUUCCGAGACCAGACCAUCGUGAGGGUCACCGUGACAGACUGGGAUGAGCCCCCGCAGUUCCGGCCACCCGCCAUUGUGCUGGAGGUGCAGGAGGACGCGAGGCUGGGGGCUCUGGUGGGGGUCGUGAAUGCAGUGGACCCUGACCUGGACAAUGCUCCUGUGAGGUACUCUAUAGACCCGAGCACAGACCUGGAGAACAUAUUUAACAUUGACUUCAUCACUGGUGCUCUCACCCUGGGCAAGAUCCUGGACCGGGAGACGGCAGGCUGGCACAACAUCACUGUGCAUGCCAUGGAAGCAGAUAACCCCUCUCAGGUGUCCAAGACAUCUGUCAGCAUCCGAAUCCUUGAUGUUAAUGACAACCCACCCGAACUGGCAGCCCCUAAUGAAGCGUCUAUCUGUGAGGAUGCGAAACCAGGCCAGCUCAUCCACACUAUCAGUGUAGUAGACAGAGAUGAGCCGCAGACUGGGCAUCGAUUCUACUUCACUCUCGCACCCGAGGCAGCCAACAACCGACACUUUAAGCUGUGGGAUGUCAAGGACAACACGGCGGGAAUCCGAACCCAGCGGACAGGCUUCAACCGUCAGGAGCAGAACGUCUACCUGCUGCCCAUCCUAGUGGUGGACAGCGGCCCCCCUGCCCUGAGCAGCACCGGGACGCUAACCAUUCGAGUGUGUGGCUGUGACACUGACGGGACCAUCCAGACCUGCAACACCACGGCCUACGUGAUGUCAGCAGCGCUGAGCCCUGGCGCACUCAUCGCUCUCCUGGUUUGCAUGCUCAUACUCAUUGUGCUGGUGUUGUUGAUCCUAGCUCUGAAGCGACACCGGAAAGGCCAUCGGAUGUCAGAGGAUGAGGAGGACAUGCGCGACAAUGUUAUCAAAUACAAUGACGAGGGUGGCGGUGAGCAAGACACCCAGGCUUACGACAUGAGUGCCCUGCGCAGCCUCUACGACUUCCCCGAAGUCAAGGGUGGCGACUCGGGGCCUGAUCUUCACUCCCUGCCCCAGUGGAUAAAGGACCAGAGCCAGGGAGACCUGAAAGACUCUGCCACAGCGUCAGAUUUCUCUAUCUUCCGGAGCUACAUCUGCAAGAAGGUGGAGCAUGCAGACACAGAUCUCUCUGUCCCACCAUAUGAUUCCUUUCAAACGUAUGCCUUUGAGGGCUCCAGCUCACCAGCACUCUCCUUGAGCUCCAUCCACACUCUCUCUAACACAUCCGAGCAAGACUUGUCAUACCUAAGUGAUUGGGGGCCACGCUUUCGACAGCUAGCAGGGCUGUACUUAGUGGACCAUAACGAGGAAGAAGGCUCCUAGCACCCUGCCCCCAUUAAAAAAAACUAAAAUAAUGAUAGAGUAAUACUAAACUUAAACACCCCCCACUCCAUCCCGGAAACCCUUUUUGUUAUUAAAAUUAUUGUUAUUAUUAUUGGAAUUUCUAUUCGAGUUUGAUAGACACACAUUGCUGUUGUUCUUGUUAAUACAGCACAGGUUUGCAAAUGACAGUCAAGCCCAUAAACCACAACAAAAGGAAAUUUUGCCCCAAGCAAUGAAGUUCAGAAGUAAGUUGGCUAUGGAUGAAGUUCAUCUGGAAGAAAUGACAAUUGACAUUUUUUUUGUAAGUCACAGAAAUGUGUACGUUUGAUAAAAGAUGCUGAUUAUCAUUUUUAUGAGCAUGCUGUCACUUUGGAAGAACAAACCUGGAAAAAAGAAUUGCACAACCUCCAAAUAUCCAAAAUGAGGAUGUAUGUAUUUAUUUGUGUAUUUAUUUAUGUAUUGUACAUGUUUUCUAAUUUUGAGGAGAACCUUGCCAUUAUUCUCAUUGUGACGCAACACUGGAAAAACACAAAACAAGAAAAAAACAACUGUAAGAUGAUACUGCGAAUGAAGAAAACAUUCUUCUUUUGUACUGUAAAGACGAAAUUGAGUUUAUUAGCUAUAGCCUCUGCAAAGAUUCUACUGGGAAAAUAGUAUUUUAGUUUUUUUUUUUUUUUUAACCUGAAAUUGUGGUGAACUGAAGAAGGAAUAUUUUUUUGUAAACGUCUUUUAAAAUUAUUAUUAUUACAUGGAGAUACAAAUGCAGCUGUUGCUGGCAGUUUAUGGACUUCAGACUUCAAAAAAGGACAAGGUCACAGCAUUGCUUUGUUGUUGAAUGAGAAACUAAAGCGGCACUCCUUCGGCUAAUGCCUUAUCAAACCUAUAGGCUAAACAUCUGUCUAUGUUACUACUUAGAGUUUUACAGAAGAACAAGCGGACAAACAUUCCUUUCAACACUUUUUUUGUCUUAAUUGGUUCCAAUAUUGUGUUAAACAUACGUAAAUCUAUGAUAAGUCUUAACAUCUGAUAAAGGCAUUAGCUGAAAUGUGUGUCACAAAGUAACUUAGUAUAAUCUUUAAUUUACUCCAAAUCAUGAAUGAGUGUUUGAAGUGUAUUCAUAUAUUUUUUGUUUGUUGUAGGAUUUAGAAAUCUUGAAGUCGUUUGAAAAGACUUUGUUUCUACAGAAGGGAAAAAAGGUUAUAUGGUGUAUUGCAGCAAUAACCAGAGAUACUGUGUAUGAAACAUACAGCAAGACAUUGUUUGAUAUAGAAGUCAUGUGUUCGUUUAUUGGGUCCUUCACACAACACCUCCCCAGUGAUUUUGUUCCAACCACACCUGUGCCUCAUUGCAUUUCUGUUUUUUUCUCAUUUCUAUAGGCUGAUGGCAUUAUGAGAAUGUGAA